CUGUCAUUACGAGGAUUACUUAUUAUAUUGUCUAGAAUUACUUAAAUUGAAUAAAUUUCAUAACUAAAGGAUAAAAAGAUGAAAAUGAAGUGUAAAACAGGAACUAUAAUCCGAAUAAAACUAGAAAAUUUCGUAACUUAUGGAGAUGUUUUAAUGUAUCCAGGCCCUAGUUUAAAUUUAAUAAUGGGUCCUAAUGGAACAGGAAAAUCAACAUUGUUAUCUGCAUUAGUUAUUGGCUUAGGAGGUAAUCUAAGUGUAAUAGGAAGAGCUACAACACUAGCUGCUUAUGUUAAGCAAGGGCAACAAAAAGCUGACAUUGAAAUAGAAUUAGCAGAUUCUCCACGAAAUGUGGUAGUAAAAAGAACUAUUGCAGUUACUGGGUCAUAUCAAUUUGAAAUUGAUGGAAAACAUAAAAGUAUUGGAGAUGUUCGAGAACUCUGCAAAAAGUUUAAUAUACAGAUUGAUAAUCUUUGCCAAUUUCUUCCGCAAGACAGAGUACAGGAUUUUGCUAAACUGAAUUGUCAAGAGCUUUUACUAAGUACUGAAAGAUCUGUGUCAGAUUGUGAUUUGCUGGAAAUGCAUACAAAAUUAAUAAAACUCCGAGAAAGUUAUGUAAAAAUAAAAGAUGAUUCAGAGAAACUGGAAGCUCAGCUUAAUAGUGCCAAACAAUUAAAUGCUAGAAUUCAAAACAUCGUCACUAAUAUAGAAAAGCAAAAUGAAAUUAAAGAAUCUAUUAAAAUGUAUAAAAUCAGAUUGUUGUGGCUUAUAUAUGAGAAACAUAGGGCUCAAUUUGAGUCUGUAAAGAAGGAUCAAAAACUAGCUCAAACUGAAAUAAAACGCAUUUCUAAAGAAGUGGAAAAAUCAGAAAACGAUUAUAAAGCUGCCGAAACACAAUUAUCUAAAAAAAAUGAAGGUGUUUCAAAAAUGAGGCGAUUAGUACAAUUUGAUAUUAAUAAGAUAAAAGAUUUGCAUGAAUCUUCUGAACAAUUUGAAGAAGCAAUCAAAAAGAAGAAAGAAGAUUUUUUAAAAAGACAAACGCUAGCAGAAACAAGGGAUAAGGAAAUAUCACAUUCUAUGCACCUAAUUAACUCAAUGAACACCCAAGUCAAAAAAUCCACACCUCGUGAAAAAAUAUUGGAAGAAAUUAAUGCAUUAAAUCAAGAAUCAUCCAUUUAUAGCAAAAAAUUGGAUGAUCUGAACUCGAAAAGAACCACAAUACUUAAUGAAUUGAAUGAUACUGUAAAUGCAGAAAUUAGAUAUUGUAAAAACAAGUUAGCUGAAAUUGAAAAUGUUGCUUCAAGAAGAUUAAAUGUGCUUAGGGAAAGUAAUGAAGACGCUUACAAGGCAACAUUGUGGCUGAGAGAAAAUGAGAACAAGUUUCAGAAUAAAAUAUAUCCCCCUAUAUUAAUUGAGUUAAAUGUGAAGAACCCAGAGCAUUCUAAAUUUCUGGAAAAUACUAUUAGCAAAAGAGAUUUAUUAGCUUUUACUUGUGAAAAUAUUGAAGAUAUGAAAUUAUUUGUUAAAACAGUUAAAAUGGAAAUGAAACUUAAAGUGUCGGCAGUGUGUUCACCUCCAGGUUAUUUGAAAACUUAUGUUCCUAGAUUAUCUAUUGACAAUAUAAAGAGAUACGGAUUUUUUUCCUACAUGCUGCAGUUGAUUGAUGGACCGGAACCAGUGUUAUCAUUUCUUUGUAAAACAUAUCAAGUUCAUAAUAUACCGAUUGGCACAGCACAAACUGAUAAGAUUGCUGAUGAAGUCCCUUCAUCAAUACAAUUGUUUUAUUCGGAUACAUUUCGAUAUACAACAAUAAUAUCAUCAUACAGUGGAGAAAAAUCAGUUACUACAGUACCAAUAGGAAAUAGAAAUCUUUUAAACCACAAUGUUGAUAAAACAUUAGAGCAGAAAUAUAAGCAGAAAUUACAAUUAUUAGUUAGAUCCAGUGAUGACUUGAGAAACAACAUAUCUAUGAUUGAAACUUCUAUGCACGAAUUAUGUGUGAAACGAGAUCAAAUUUCUGAAAAGCGUAAAGGACUUCAAGAACAGAAACAAAAUUUGGAUAUUAUAUCAAAUAAAAUAAAAAUAGAGGAAAUAAAGUUAAAAUCCUUACAAUCAGAGACAUUUGACAUGAAGAUCGAACAGAAAGAAUUGGAUGAUUUUUUAUUACAAACACUUACAAAAAUAAAAACAUUACAUAAAGAUGUGCAAAAAAGAAUCAAUUUAUUGAUUCAAAAAAAUCAUGAACAAGCAAAUGAUAACAUAUUAGUAAGACAACUUAAAGAAACUAUGAACAUGAAGCAAUCGAUUUACUUACAAGCAAAAGAUGAUUUAAAUAGUGCAGAGAAAACUUUACAUAACAUAAUGAAGGUCUAUGAACACAGAAAAACCGAAGCAAAAGAUAAAUACAAUGAAGCUUUCAUUUUUUCUGAUAAUUUAGCUCCAGAUGAUGAGAAUUUUCCUAAUAAAAAUAAAUUUAAUAAAAUGCCAACAGAAAUUGAUGUUUUAGAAGAUAUGAUUGAGGAACAACAAAGCCGAGCGGAUAUGUUGAAUGUAGGAGACGGUAAUGAUUAUCAAGACUAUCAUCAAAGAAGGGAACUCAUUGGAAGUACAUCUGAAACUUUAGAAAGAAAUACGGCUCUGAUACAGGACAAUAUCAGACAAUCGAAUGAAUUGGGAAAAGUGUGGAAAGAAAAUAUUACAAGUUUGAUUGAGAAAAUUGGAACUAAUUUUGGUAGAUAUAUGAAUCAUUUGCAGUGUGCUGGCGAUGUUACUUUGAUCUCUCCUGCUGAUCCGGAUGACUAUAAAGAAUAUGGUGUAAGUAUUAAGGUUCGAUUUCGAGGCGCCGAAGUAAUGCAAGAACUAAAUCGGUAUACUCAAUCUGGAGGUGAACGGGCUGUUGCCACAGCCAUUUAUUUAUUAUCCCUUCAAGAAUUAACGACCGUUCCAUUUCGAUGUGUAGAUGAAAUUAAUCAAGGAAUGGAUCCCAUAAAUGAAAGAAGAGUCUUUGAAUUACUCACAAAAGUAACUAACAAACAAAAUGUUGCACAGUACUUUUUACUCACCCCAAAGCUUCUUCCAGGACUGCCUUAUACUCCAAAUAUUGCAGUUCAUUGCAUUUAUAGUGGGGCUAUGAGAAUUGAAAACAAGAAAAUUUGUAGAAAUAUUACUGAUUAA